AAGACAUUCUCCAUCACUACAACAGCAGCCAAGGACAAGAGAGCAUCGGCAGAUCGAGGGAGAGCAGGAGAGAGGAAGGUACCUCCUCUCGCCAUUGCCACCGCCUUCAUCAUCAUCAUCGUCGUCUCUGUCUCUCUCUUUGAGUCCAUGGCGGUGAAGAUGAUGUUGCGCUAACGAGCAGCGGGUGGAGUGCUGGCGCACGGGAGGUGUUUUGAAGUUGAAUACGCGGAGGAAACCUAUGUAUGCUCGGAUUUCGGCUCUCUUCCCUUCGCCAAUGCAAAAGGAAAUAUGCAGCGAAGCUUCACUAUCCUCUUCACCAGUUUCCUGGGGAUGUGCUCGGCUUCCAGCGCAAGUUUCCCAAGUAACAUCAAUAUAGGAGGAUUGUUCCCUACCGAUUCCCAUGAAUAUGAAGUGUUUCGCUUCGCCCUCUCGCACCACCAGGACAUCCCCAAACUGGUGCCGCAGGUCGAUAUGGUCAAGAUGGGAAAUAGUUUUUCCAUGACAUAUGCCUUCUGCUCCCAGUUCUCAAAGGGCGUGUAUGCCAUCAUCGGCUUGUAUGACAGGAAGACAGUCAACAUGCUCAUGUCGUUCUGCGGCGCUCUGCACGUCUGCUUCGUUACGCCGUCCUUCCCGAUUGAGACGGCUAACCAGUUUGUCAUCCAGCUGAGGCCCGAGCUGCAGGACGCUCUCGUGGGUGUGAUCGAGUACUAUGGCUGGAACAAGUUUGUCUACAUGUACAGUUCAGACUCUGGGCUGUCUGUGCUCCAGAAGGUUUUGGACACAGCAGCAGAAAGGAACUGGCUGGUGACCUCGGUCAAUGUGGAGACCAUGACGGAGGCGUCUUUCUUGAAAGUGUUCCAGGAUUUGGACAAGAGGAAGGAGGGACAAAUUAUCAUCGAUUGUGAGACAGAGAGGCUCACUGGCAUCCUUAAAAAGAUCGUUGAGCAAGGAAAGAAUGCAAAGAGUUACCACUACAUCUUGGCUAACCUGGGUUUCCUGGACAUUGACCUGACAGACCUGCGGAAGGGUGGAGCGAAUAUUACCGGCUUCCAGCUCGUCAACAAUUCAGAGCCCAGCAUUAGUAGAGUCGUCCAGCAAUGGAUGGAAUUUGACAACAAAGAUUCCAAAAUGCCCAAGAGUGGACUCAAAUACACUGGAGCUUUGACAUAUGAUGGUGUAAAAGUCAUGUCAACAGCGUUCCAGAAUUUAAGGAGACAAAGGAUAGACAUCUCACGCAGGGGCAACGCUGGGGAAUGUCUUGCCAACCCACCAGCUCCAUGGGGUCAGGGCAUAGACAUCCAAAGAGCCUUGCAGCAGGUACGUAUCGAUGGACUGACUGGUCACAUUCAAUUCAAUGAGAAAGGCCGCAGAACUAACUACACUGUUAGCGUAAUGGAACUUGCUCCAUCGGGACCCAAAAAGGUUGGCUACUGGAAUGAAGAUGAAAAGUAUGUGACCACUGCAAGCUUCAUGAGAGGCAGCAAUGAUACCUAUGGCCUUCAGAACCGAACUUACAUUGUCACUACUAUCUUGGAAUCACCAUAUGUGAUGCUUAAGAAGAAUCAUGAGCAGCUUGUUGGAAAUGAUAAGUACGAAGGCUACAUUGUCGAGCUGGCUGCAGAGAUAGCCAAACAUGUCGGCUACCAGUACAAACUGAAAAUUGUUUCAGAUGGCAAGUAUGGAGCCAGAGACUCUGACACCAAAAUGUGGAAUGGCAUGGUUGGAGAACUUGUGUAUGGGAAAGCAGACGUGGCUGUGGCUCCUUUGACCAUCACACUCGUCCGAGAGGAGGUUAUCGACUUCUCAAAGCCCUUCAUGUCACUGGGUAUCUCCAUCAUGAUCAAGAAACCUACCAAAUCCAAACCCGGAGUGUUCUCCUUCCUGGACCCCCUCGCUUACGAGAUCUGGAUGUGCAUUGUGUUUGCUUACAUUGGCGUCAGCGUCGUACUGUUCCUUGUGAGUCGCUUCAGCCCAUACGAGUGGCAUGCUGACGACUACGAGGAAGGAGGCGAGCCACAGAGCCCCACUCAGGCGUCGGCCUCCAAUGGAUUGCAGCAGGGCCAGACAACGAACCAGCAGAACACAAACCAGCAAAGUCUGGAGCAGACCAAUGAGUUUGGUAUCUUCAACUCCCUGUGGUUCUCACUGGGGGCAUUCAUGCAGCAAGGAUGUGAUAUCUCACCACGCUCUUUGUCUGGCCGCAUUGUUGGGGGUGUCUGGUGGUUCUUCACCCUCAUCAUUAUCUCAUCCUAUACUGCCAACUUGGCUGCAUUCCUGACAGUGGAAAGGAUGGUGUCUCCUAUUGAGAGUGCUGAAGAUUUAGCCAAGCAGACAGAGAUUGCUUAUGGAACGCUCGAUGCUGGCUCAACAAAAGAGUUUUUUCGGCGAUCUAAAAUCGCUGUGUUUGAGAAGAUGUGGUCCUACAUGAAGGCAGCUGACCCGUCCGUGUUCGUCAAGACCACUGAUGAGGGUGUCAUAAGAGUUCGUAAAUCAAAGGGAAAGUAUGCCUACCUGCUGGAAUCCACCAUGAAUGAGUACAUAGAACAGAGGAAACCCUGUGACACUAUGAAAGUAGGAGGGAAUCUGGACUCUAAAGGUUAUGGCAUUGCCACUCCAAAGGGAUCCCCACUCAGAAUCCCAGUAAACCUAGCGGUGUUGAAACUCAAUGAGCAAGCCGUCUUAGACAAACUGAAAAACAAAUGGUGGUACGAUAAAGGGGAAUGUGGCAACAAGGACUCCGGAAGAAAGGACAAGACAAGCGCUCUGAGCCUCAGCAACGUGGCCGGAGUCUUCUACAUCCUGAUCGGUGGCCUGGGCCUGGCCAUGCUUGUGGCGCUGGUGGAGUUCUGCUACAAAUCCAGGACCGAGUCACGCCGAAUGAAGCAAUCCAUUAACGACGCCAUGCGCUGCUCCACCCUGACCAGGAUGAGCGGUAACGGGAGCGGAGGAGAGAAUGGACGACUCCUCACCCAUGACUUCCCCAAGACCAUUCAAACACUGCCAUGCAUGAGCCACACUGCUAGCAUGGGACUGGGUGCCUCAGGAAUGUGAUCACAUGACUUUGGGAGAGGGAGUGGGGGCAGGAAAAAGGCAGGGUGGAACAGGAGGAGCACGAGACUCUGGUGACCUCCCCAAAAAAUUGUGGCUGUGUGGUUUGACCCAUCAAUUCUUCUGGCUGUGCCCAACUGGAACAAGACUUAACUUACUGCCAAAAUGCACUCUUCAAAUGCUUCUUACAAGCUACAGAGACUCAUAACAUUUUUAAUAUGUGGAUAUUUGAAAAAAAAAAACAGUGAGAGAAAAAGAACACAGGAAGUGUGCUGCAAUAAAGAAUCUGGAUUUGAUUUUGCAACUUUUUUUUACCUUGUUCUUUUCUGUUAGGCAAAAAAAAUAAGAACUUUAUUCUUAAGUGUGCCACCUGCGUUGUGCCAUUGCAAUGGAGUUGUUGACGUUAGUCUGCGUGUGCAAUAUUUUCAUCUCUACUGCUGACCCUGUACUUCCUAGAUGCUUUGUGGUGGCUGCGGGUGUCUUUGCACUGAUGUGGUGAUGAGGACAAACACUUGUGACUGCUACAAAUAUUUCCUUUUGUGUUUUGGGGACAUGCCUGCACGCUUUCACGCUUCUGUUUAUAUGUUGAGAGGACGAAGUGCUCUGUGUCGCAUCGGCAGUUUUAAGUAUAUGGUUUGCACUGAUGUAAUGUAAAGAGUGUGGCUGAGUUGAUUCACUCACGAUUAAAGGCUGAUGCUGUUUGACACAGUGCUUGUCAAGGCUACAAAAAAACAUGCAUUACUGCUACACCUCAUAUAACACAUCAUGCCUUGUUUUUGUGCCAUAGCACCAUGAUUUGUCAGCACAAAGUUGUUCUGCGUUAUUCAGAAACUGACCUCUUGAGAUCGAAAAGGCACACUGACACAAUAUAGUGACUAUGUGUGACCUUCCAUUCUGCUGCUGUGAGACUUCCAGUGUGUGCCACUGCUAUAUUCUGAAAUGUAUGUCAAUCACAUUUUAAAGAGCAAGAAACCUACUAGCAAAGGGUUCCUGAAAUUAGAGAUGGAGUCCUCGCUCUUCUUCAUUUCUGCGACUCAUAUGUGAUUUGAUUUUCAAUGUAUUCAGUUUUAAUGAAUUGGCCCGAAGAUAGCUGGGAUAGGCUGCAGCAGCCCGCGACUCUAGUGAGGAUAAGCGGUAAAGAAAAUGGAUAGAUGGAUGGAUGGAUGGAUGGAUGGACGGAUGGCCCGAAGAUAGCUGGGAUAGGCUCCAGCAGCACGCGAGCCUGGUGAGGAGAAGCAGUCCAGAAAAUGGAUGGAUGAAUGGGCAGUGAUGCUAUUCACACACAAUUUCCUGAGAGUGACUCAUUAGCCAAUAACACCCUUUCAAAGAAUUUAAUGAAAAGUACAGUAAAGGUGAAGUACUUCCAUCAUUUUUUGGGUGGUAAAUAUUUCAAUCCUGUGAAGGUUUAUUGUUUUAGUACAGUUUGAAAACAAAAUAACAGGCGAAAUAUAAUGUUUAAGUAUGGUUCAAGCUAAUUAAAUGAACAUAAAAUGCUCCUCCGUUUUUCAGUGUUCUUCAGGUUCAUCCAAUGUGAUUAGGUAUUAAUCAUAUCAUAGGCUUUUUCCACAAAAUAGUGAUUUCAACAUCCUUAAAAUAUUUGUCAUUAGCUCUAUUGACAUUAUACACAUUGAUAGAUAGCAAUAGGUUAAAUGGAGACAAAUCUACAGUUAACUGAAGACUAUAUAUUGUCCAUAGGUGUGAAUCUGAAUGCGAAUGGCUGUUUAUAUGUGCCCUGCAAUUGGCUGGCGACCAGUUCACGGUGUGUACCCCGCCUCUCAGCUAGGUUAGGCGCCAGCACACCCCCGACCGUAGUGAGAAGAAGCGGUUCAGAGAAUGGAUGGAUGGAUGGACCAACCAACAAAAAUAUACAUAAAUUAUAUCAUUUUGGCUCAUGUGAAGUAGAAAUUACCCAUGCAGGUGACACAUUCUAUAUGCAGUGUAUUACAGUCAGAAGCUGUAUUUUUUUUAUUUUGUAUUUCUUUUGGGGGGGGGGGGCGGUCAGAAUGAACAUUUAACUAUUUUACACUCCCCUUAUCGCAUGUCCUCUCUCCACUUGAACAGUUACUGCAGUGGAAUGUCAGACAAUGAAAGCAAAGGUGUGUACAUAAAAACAUGAAGUUAGUUAUUUAUAACCCCACUAUCCCUGGAAUACAUUGUAGCUUGCAAAUUAUUUCUACCUAAAGCUGUGAUUUUACCUGAAGGUGACUGGAAGGUUGUGGCUACAUGUAUUAUCGGAUGUCUGCUGCCCCAUCAUUUACAGUACCGCCGACUUAUACCGUCACAUUUUCCAAGAUCUCUAUUGUUUUGCUCUUCCUUUUCUGCUUUACAAACUAUGGUACAAAAUUUAAUACUUAACAUCUUAAAUUGCUUCCUCUUCGUGAUAAUAGGUAGAGUUUACCAAAAUCAUACAUAUCAGCACCUAUUUUGUACAUAAAAGCGAUUUCCUCUCUCAAACGUUUGUUUUGCAGUCGCGCCUCUGUGUACCUGAACUACGUGUAUACUUUACAUCCAUCAAACUGUGCUGUUGUAUUAGAACACAGCACAGCACUCUUCAGAGGAGGCUUCACAUUCAGAGGUUUUAUAUGCCAUAACAGAUUUAUAAGAAAAAAAUAUAUAUAAAUAAAAAACACACUAAAUGUUUGUAUUAUAGAGAACUGUUGGGUUGCCAGUGUUUUACACUUUGAAUGGUGUAGAAAAAAAAUAAAUAACAUGCCGAUGUGGAAAAUGUGUUGAAACUAAUGUUUAAAUCCAGUUUUAUUUUUCAUUUUAUUGUUGAGGUUUAAAAUUUAUUUCCUGUCUGUAUUUUUAAGUGCAAGUAAUUUAACACAAUUUGAAUAUCUCCAUGUUGUUUUCCUUUUUCGCAGUAUUUUACUAUUAGAAUCUAAUUACAGUUUAAUAACAAGAAAGUGCUGUUUAUUUUUUUUUGGUUUGUUUUCUAUUUAACUACAGAAGGGGUGUAUAAAAAUCUCAAACUCAAACAAUGGUUAGUAUGUUUAAUGGAGGAGGGGGGGUAAUAUUUUUUCUAGCCAAAGUGUCCUGGAAGGAAGUCAUUGUGCUUUUUUAACAGAAUAAAGGAAUAAACUGCAUAUAUUUGUUCAUAGA